CUAGGCGCGCGCUUAGCAGAGGCGAUGUUCUGUAGGGCAAUAGGCAAAAUUCCAAAAAUCUCUGAUCGUCUUCAGUUUGUAGUGUACGCUGAUGUGGCAACAUGAGGCGAUUUUUUCUUCUCCUUGUUGCAGUUAUUGGAUGCAAUGCACAGGAAUACACGGGACUGGCAGGCUCUGGACCUCACAUGGUGAAGGAGCCUCACGACAUAAUCUUCAAUGAGGACAGCGUGAUGGAUUUCUUGUACCUGGACUGUGAGGCGGAUGGAGACAAGAGUCCCACCUACACCUGGCGACGAAACGAUGAAGAAUUGGACACCGAUGCUGAGCCCAGGUACCAGCUGUCCCGAGGCAGGCUGACCAUCACACAGCCAGACAAGACGGUGGACAUGGGCACCUACCAAUGCUUCCCGUCCAACCAGAUUGGAACUAUCAUGAGCAAGAAGGCCAAGUUGGAUUUUGCUUUCCUUAACUAUUUUCCAGAGGUAGGCCCACCAGAUAUGACAAUACCACUCAACACAGGGAUGUGUAUAUCAUGCGACAUACCACAUCACUUCCCAGGAGUCGAUGUCUUCUGGUACUACGGACGGUUGCCCAUUCUGCAGACAGCACGUACCCACACGACCAAGGAUGGACGGCUCUGCUUUGCCAACUUCCAAAAAUCUGAUAACGGAGAGUACAGAUGCUACGUUGUUCUCAAAACCAUCCGAACUUACGGCGGAUCUUCAGGUGCAAAGUUCAGCGACACCUUUCAAGUCACUGCCGGGCCUGCAACCGGGGAAGCUCAAUUUGGUCCUGAACUGGCCAUCGCUGUGGAAGACCAAGAAGUGUUAGUCAACACGGCAAAAACUACACUCAGUUGCUUCUUCUUUGGCAAUCCUACCCCAAGGAUCCAAUGGCGCAGAAAGACCCCACAAGGUGCGGAGCUGCCGGCCCUGUACAACCUCAGGAGUGAUAACCAGGUGUUGGUGCUGAUGAAUAUACAGGUGGAUGAUGCCGGGGAGUAUGAGUGCUACACUGAAGAGGGUGACGGACGCUCAUCUGGAAAUGUCAUCGUAAACGUGCCGCCCACGUGGGUUCAAGAAAUCUCAGACACGGAAGCAAAUAUCUACAAGGACGUGAUCUGGGAGUGUGAAGCUGCAAGCCCAGACGGCGUGACCUACAAGUGGUAUCGUAACGUUGAGGAGAUCAUGGACUUGCCCAGACAUCAGCUCAGUAAUGGUCAGAAGACACUGACUAUCAAGAAGCUGACAGUGGAAGAUACAGGGAUGUACCAGUGUGUGGCCAGCAACGAUCAUGGGGAAAUCUACACCACUGGACAGCUGACUGUGCUCGUCAUGCAGCCUUGGUUCAGCACCGGGUUAAAGCAAAAUCAGGUGGCGCCCCGUGGCGGCACAGCCACCAUCAUCUGUCAGCCUGAGGCUGCACCAACCCCAACCAUCAGGUGGUUCAAGGAAAGCCGGCUGAUCACAAGUGACGGGCACUACACCAUCCAGGAUAAUGGUAACUUGUUGAUCACAGAUGUGGUGGACUCGGAUGCUGGGGAGUAUACAUGUGAAGCAACCAACAUCGUAGGCAGUACUACCAGUACUGGAAGUAUUGUUGUAAGAGAAUACACGGGACUGGCAGGCUCUGGACCUCACAUGGUGAAGGAGCCUCACGACAUAAUCUUCAAUGAGGACAGCGUGAUGGAUUUCUUGUACCUGGACUGUGAGGCGGAUGGAGACGAGAGUCCCACCUACACCUGGCGACGAAACGAUGAAGAAUUGGACACCGAUGCUGAGCCCAGGUACCGGCUAUCCCAAGGCAGGCUGACCAUCACACAGCCAGACAAGACGGUGGACAUGGGCACCUACCAAUGCUUCCCGUCCAACCAGAUUGGAACUAUCAUGAGCAAGAAGGCCAAGUUGGAUUUUGCUUUCCUUAACAAUUUUCCAGAGGUAGGCCCACCAGAUAUGACAAUACCACUCAACACAGGGAUGUGUAUAUCAUGCGAUGUACCACAUCACUUCCCAGGAGUCGAUGUCUUCUGGUACUACGGACUGUUUCCCAUUCUGCAGACAGCACAUACCCACACGACCAAGGAUGGACGGCUCUGCUUUGCCAACUUCCAAAAAUCUGAUAACGGAGAGUACAGAUGCUACGUUGUUCUCAAAAUCAUCCAAACUUACGGCGGAUCUUCAGGUGCAAAGUUCAGCGACACCUUUCAAGUCACUGCCGGGCCUGCAACCAGGGAAGCUCAAUUUGGUCCUGAACUGGCCAUCGCUGUGGAAGACCAAGAAGUGUUAGUCAACACGGCAAAAACUACACUCAGUUGCUUCUUCUUUGGCAAUCCUACCCCAAGGAUCCAAUGGCGCAGAAAGACCCCACAAGGUGCGGAGCUGCCGGCCCUGUACAACCUCAGGAAUGAUAACCAGGUGUUGGUGCUGAUGAAUAUACAGGUGGAUGAUGCCGGGGAGUAUGAGUGCUACACUGAAGAGGGUGACGGACGCUCAUCUGGAAAUGUCGUCGUAAACGUGCCGCCCACGUGGGUUCAAGAAAUCUCAGACAUGGAAGCAAAUAUGUACGAGGACGUGAUCUGGGAGUGUGAAGCUGCAAGCCCAGACGGCGUGACCUACAAGUGGUAUCGUAACGUUGAGGAGAUCAUGGACUUGCCCAGAUAUCAGCUCAGUAAUGGUCAGAAGACACUGACUAUCAAGAAGCUGACAGUGGAAGAUACAGGGAUGUACCAGUGUGUGGCCAGCAACGAUCAUGGGGAAAUCUACACCACCGGACAGCUCACUGUGCUCGAUGCCGUCAACUACUGCGACGUCACCCCUGGCUGUUCCCAUCACUGCCUGCCCUCCCCAUCCAGCCCCUCUAAUUUCACCUGCGCUUGCCCCCAUAUGGCCCACUUGGACACGGACGGUAGGACCUGUCUCUGUAAGAAUGGAAAACCACUCCUGAGCGAUGGUACAAGGUGCCAGGAGGACCCUCAGUUACCCGUGAAGGUCCGUGGCCUGACCAGUGGGUACCUGGCCGAUCAUGGCUCGCAGUUUAACAUGAGAUGCAUCGUCAGUGAAGAGGAGGGAGUUAUUUGCACUCCGCGGGGUGCAAAGGAGGCAACCGUCGCUGAUGCUGAAGGACGGUAUGAAUGCCACGCUCCACAUAAUGUUGGCAGGUCACCGGAAGUGGAAUGUGAGGACAGAAUUGGAUCACAGGGUCCACACAAAUACGAAGACAGAAUUGCACUGCCGGCUGCACGCAAAUACGAGAAAAACAUUAAACCGCAAGAGCCACACAACUACGAGUACAAAAUCUCACAGCAGGUUGCACACCAAUACGAGGACAGGAUUUCACCUGAGGACGUAGAUGAACACGAGUAUGACGAUACCAUACCACCACAAGAGGAAACACCGAUGAUCUCCAGUAAUGACGAUGAUGAGGAACAUCUACCUCCUUGGGCUGAAGGGUGGAAGGUGCCUCGCUGCGACCUCAUCGUCGGUGAGCGAGUCCUCGGUAGUGGGAACUUUGGUGAGGUGCGAUCAGGUGGUGUGAUGAAAGAUGGAGAACUGACAAGGGCUGCCAUCAAGAUGCUCAAAGGCCAUUCAUUGAUGAGUGAGCGAGAUGAUUUCAUCGAUGAACUCCGCACGACGACGUCUAUCGGCCACCAUCCAAAUGUUGUCUUGCUGCUUGGUGCAUGUCAGCAUCGACAGGUGUUGUACGUCGCGUUGGAGUAUCUUCCCCGCGGUGAUCUGCGCAGCUACCUACGGACGGCUCGCUCACAGUCAGACUCAGACGAGGAUGCAUUGUCUUCCUAUCAGCUGGUCAAGUUUGCUCUGGAUGUUGCCAACGGAAUGGAGCACCUUGCUAAAGCGGGGGUGAUCCACCGAGACUUGGCUGCUAGGAACAUCCUACUAUCUGAAGGGCUAAUUGCUAAGGUUUCAGACUUUGGACUGUCCAGGGGAGAGGACAUCUAUGUCCAAACAUCAAGGAGACGUGUUCCAGUCCGCUGGUUGGCUAUUGAGUCAAUCAGGUAUAAGAGUUACACUACAAAGAGCGAUGUGUGGUCUUUCGGCAUUCUCUUGUGGGAAAUAGUCACCAUAGGGGGAACCCCCUACUCGACCAUUAAGAGCGAGUCACUAGCCAAGAAGCUGAAGGGAGGAUACCGUAUGCCCAAGCCCAGCAGCUGCAACGACAAAAGUUACGCCCUGAUGCGUAAGUGCUGGGAAGAGGAUCCGAACAACAGACCAAGUUUCUCAGAUCUAGUCUCUGUCCUAAGUGACAUGGAUGACAAAUUUGUGGAAUCAGACGAGGCUAACAGCUUCUUGGCCAAUCGUGGCAUUUCAAAGCGAGGCCUUCACGAGGAAUGCUGCCACGAGGGAUGCAGCAAUAGAGAAGUACGCAAACACUGCUAA